AUGGCGUGGGGAUUGCAUGCUGUCCUGGCUGCCAUCUGGCAGGCCGGUACCGUUCCCUAUGACCUGUUGAGGGGACAAGACUCAGGCCGCCACAAGAGCACAGGACCAGAAGGAAGAAAAAAGAAAACUACAGGUUCCUAUCUUCCGGCCAUCGCCUUCCAAGAGAUGAUAACUGUAUUUCUCCUUGUAAGAUUUAUGAGGAUGUAUGAGCACCAUAGUUUCGUGAAGCUGCAUAGUUACAGUUAUAAGUACGUAGACCUCUCUGACAUCGGCAGGCUGCGGCUUCCGCCCCAGUUCAUAGGGCGUUGUCGCUGCUAUAUAAGUCCCUGCUGGAUCCUCCCAGGCACCAGCGUCCUUCCCGCCGUCUCAGAAGAUCCAGGACCCCACUCGCCCUCCAGCAUGAUGAAGCUUGUCGUCCUCGCCCUCGCUCUGGCAGCAGCCUCCGCUGGCGUCAUCCAACACCCAGGCCUUGGCCUUACCUACGCAGCCGCCCCUCUGGUGCACGGCGCCGUCCCUCUCGUCCAGCCCGCCCCUCUCACCUACACCGUCGGCGCCGCCCCCGCCCUCGUCAACCCCGCGCCCUACCGCGUCCACACCGGCGUCAAGACCGUGGUCGCCGCCGAGCCCGUGGAGCAGCACGGCUACGUCAUCAAGUACUAGGGCGUCGCGACGCCGCCGACGUCCUGGGCAAAGGGGACGAGGCAGCGCCGUGCCACCGACAGCUAUGCGAAGCAGCGCCCUCGACUAGUG